AUGGGAAAGCAGAGUUUUGUUCACUCGGUCCGAGGGCAGCGUCUCAUAAACAGACAGACAGAAAUGUCAGAGCUUGGUCUAGGACGAAAACGAAGAAUUGACAUCUGGUCAAACUUCACAUAUGACAACAAGGACAACAAGAGCGUCUGUAAACCAUGUGGAGUAAAAAUCGCUGGAAAAAACACCACCAACUUGAAGCGACAUUUACAGACGGCUCAUCCAGAAAUCCACACCAAGAUACAGAAGAUGUCUGAUGACCAUGGGCCAGGUGGAAAUAAAGCUAGUGAUGCUACUAGUACAACACAGCAGCAGGCCAUCUCAGAUUUCCUAAGGUCUUCAAAGUACAAGACUGAAUCAAAGGAACAACAGACCAAGGAGCAGGCCAUAGCUAGAUGGAUUGGACGGACAGGUUUACCACUCACAACAAUUGAGAAUGAGGACUUUGUGCUAAUGAUGGGGAUGAUAGAUGGGAGACUAACAGUUCCAAAGAAAACUAAAAUUAGCAAUUUAAUUGAAACACAGUAUGAACAUGAAAGACAGAAGUUCAGAGAGAGUCAGGCUACUGCCCGGAAAGUAUCCAUUGGCCUUGACUUGUGGACAAAAAAAGGAUUGACAGUCUCAUUCCUUGCUAUAAGUGCAUGCUACUUUUGUGUUGAAAAAAGUAAACCUGCACACAUAUUGUUGGCCCUUCAACAAGUAGGUCACCCACACACUGCACAGGCUAUUAAGGCAUGUGUGGACAAAUGCAUGCAAGAGUGGACCAUACCAAAGGAGAAGAUCCUGACGGUAAUAACGGACAAUGGGAGUAACAUGGUGGCAGCCUUUAAAAACACCACAGCAGAAGAAACCAGCUCUGAGGACGACUCCCCUGGGUCCACGAUCGAAAGUGACUCUGAAAUUGAUGACCAGCGGUAUCGUCAUGUCGACAUGGAAUUGGACCGGACACCAUGUGUUGUGCAUACCAUACAACUGGUGGUCCACAUGUUGCAGAAAGAAACAACUGUCAAAAGAGUUCUCAAUAAAGCUAGGUCUGUGGUGAAGCUCUUUCGCAAGUCCUCAGUUGCAACACAAAAGUUAUUGGACCAAUGUGGUGUUAUUGUUGUAAAUGACUGCCCCACACGCUGGUCAAGCACAUUUAACAUGAUCACACGACUCCUCAAAGUCAAAGAUGCAGUCUGUCAAAUCUCAAAUGACAUGGGAUGGGACAGUUUGCUUACUAGUGAGUGGCAAAAGCUUUCCUCAUUACAUGACCUAUUGCUGCCUUUUGCAGAACACACUAAAACUCUUCAGAGUGACACCACAUCUAUGUCUCUAGUGGUUCCUGCCCUCUUUGAUCUGCUGACCCACCUAACUGACUUUGCAGUGAACACUCGGUACAGAGACCUCGCUACUCUUGCAGACAAGAUGAGAUCAAAUCUGAACCAGCGUUUUGCUUGCAUCUUGGAUACAACUGAUGAAAAGUUUUCACCACUUGCAGCAGCUGCCUGCUUUCUUAACCCAACUGUCUGUGAAAUCAUUGUUAACGUUGAUGUGGCUAAUGGAAAUAUCCAGGAACUGCUAAAGCAGGCAGAAGACUAUGUAGUCAAAUGCACAAAACAGGAGGGCCAGUCUGAAAAUGAUGAAGAGGAGGUUAUUGAGGAACCAGAAGCAGCGCCAUCCUCAAAGCAGCCGGUGUUUAGGUUUCUCUCAAAAUGCCGCACCACAAGGCCUAAACAGAAAACCUCCACAAGCAGCAUCAGGCAGCAGAUCAUCAAGUACAAGGAGGAACUCUCCCAUCCCAUCACUGAGGACACAGGAACAGACUUCUGGCUGGGAAAGAGUGACAGUGUUUACCACAGUUUAAAACCUUUUGCAUUAGACUUGUUAGCUAUGCCCGCUUCUCAAGCUUUUGCAGAGAGGGUAUUUAGCAUCACAGGUGACCUCACAAGAGGACGGCGCAACAGAGGAAGGGUCACAUUGGAGCGAAGUGCUUUCCUUAAGAUGAACAGAAACAAAUAG